UCCGACAGUUCAUCUGCACAAAGCACGGGGCAUUUGACAUAUGAUUUAACUGUCGAUCUAGAUGCCACCGAUGACUCAAAUCUGUACUUCUCACCUGAUCGUGGCAAUGUGGUAUUCGCGUCUGCCAUGGAUACGUGGGGUUUCCGUCCAACAGACUUCGUUCAUGUUUGGUCCAAACGUUUGAACCUGCCGGUGACGCAACUAAAAGAAACUCUAGUAAUAGAUGGAAUUAAAGAGGAGGUGACUACGAUGGCCGAGAAACUUGGUGUUCGUUUGGAUGAACGAGCAAUUCGAAAUGUAGACAGUCGUGGCGCUCUACGAGCACUAAUGAUGAACUGGUUACCUUUAGGUGCCACAGUCAUGUCCACCAUUGUGGACAUCUGUCCCAGUCCUUUGAAUGCAGUUUCGGCCGACCGUGCAGUUCACAUGCUCUAUGGGGACACAGUAAACGCUCUUUCCGGUCCAUUAAACACGGGAAACACAUUGGGCGAAAAUAGACCAAUCGGUGCAAUGAACCCAUGCACUCAGAUCAAUCAAUCCUCCCACAUGACCUUGGAUUCUCUAUAUGCCAACUCCGGAGCCAGCUUGGCCAUCCAAGCUAGUAAUUCAGCGGAGGAUGCACCUACUAUUGUGUUUGUGGCUAAGGUGUUUUGGACAGAUAAAUCUGUAUUGGAUGCUGGACGAGCUCCAAAAUCCGAACCGGGACCGCGACCUCCAGGCGUGCCUGUUAUCAGACCGACUCGAGAUCCGGACGAUUCGGAACUCAAAGCGACUGACCCUCAGGAGCCAGCUCUACCCAAUACAGACACCCAAGUGUCAUCCACCAAGUCUGGUGCCGAAACAGAUGCUAGAAUGGCUCUCUUGCGGUCCCCACUACUCUCGACCAAUCCAUUCGCUGAUGUGGAAUUCGUGGCUCUUGCACGAAUCUUCAGUGGCCGUGUAUAUCCUGGGCAACGACUUUUUGUUCUGGGACCGAAAUUCGACGGGCGUAAGGUUAGAAGCAGUGUAGUGCUAGUUUAUGAACAAAACUUGGAUGUCACUAAGUUUGCAAGGACCCUGGUGAAAAUCAUUUUGGUGAUCAAAGAAUUUAGUGGGAGUUUAUCUUGGUUCUUCACCUCUGCUUAUAUUUACUUUCAAACUCAGAUCACUGUCGGCAUCAGAAAUCGACGUUCUCACCCAAAUAAACUCACUAAGUGGGUAGAACACCGUUCCCAGUUCAAAACGCCUGUUCAUCUGAUUGUCUUCUGCAUCCAUCUUGAAUAG